AUGGAGCCCCAUCCAAAAGAAAAUAGCGAUAUCCAAACGGAAAAUAUGGGGCCAGCAGAUAGCGAUCGGGUCGAAAACGAAGGCGCAAACGGCUCUGCGCCCGCAGACAGCGCAACCACGGAACCAGAAAUCGCGGUGAAGACCGAGAGCGAAAACACAAUCGAACAGAAGAUAAACCAUGCCAAUGCCCUGGCCGAAAACGGCAGCGACGGCCAGAACGAAAACGGCAACGACGACCAGAACGAAAACGGCAACGGAAACGGCAACGAAAACGAAAACGGGAAAGACGCACAGAGCCAGAGCCAGAACAGCCUAAAGAGAAGACACAGCGACGACAACGGCACCAAGCGGCGGCGGCAGGAGCCUCUUGUGGUUGUUCCGCCCAAGAAACCUGCUCUUUUCUACAGCCCGCUCAAAACGGGGCUCGUGUACGACGUUCGCAUGCGGUACCACGCCAAAAUCUUCACUCUGUAUUUCGAGUACAUCGACCCACAUCCGGAAGACCCCCGGCGGAUCUACAGAAUCUACAAGAAGCUUGCCGAGGCAGGGCUCAUCCAGGACAGCACGCUUGCGGGCGCCGACGAACUUGGCCCGCUCAUCUGCAAGAUUCCCAUUCGAGAGGCCACCGCAGAAGAGAUUUUGCAGGUGCACACCGAGAAGCAUCUCCAGUUCAUAGCGGCCACAGAGGACAUGACCCGAGCGCAGCUCCUCGACGAGACGGAAAAGGGCGACUCCAUCUACGUCAACAACGACUCUUUCCUUCUGGCCAAGUUGUCGUGUGGCGGAGCCAUCGAAGCAUGCAAGGCGGUGGUCGAGGGCCACGUCAAGAACGCCAUGGCCAUUGUGCGGCCACCCGGCCACCACGCCGAGCCCGACGCGCCGGGCGGCUUUUGUCUUUUCAGCAACGUCGCUGUCGCCGCCAAAAACAUGCUCCGGGCAUAUCCCGAGUCGGUGCGGCGCAUAGCCAUAGUGGACUGGGACAUCCAUCACGGCAACGGCACGCAGCGCGCCUUCUACGACGACCCGCGUGUGCUCUACGUGCUGCUUCACCGGUACGAGAACGGCCGUUUCUACCCGGGAACAAAGUUUGGCGGAGCAGACCAGACGGGCUCGGGCAAAGGCGCCGGGUUUUCGCUCAACAUCCCGUGGCCCAGCGCCGGCGUCGGCGACGCCGACUAUGUCUAUGCGUUCCGCCGCGUGGUUCUCCCUGUUCUCUGCGAGUUUGACCCGGACUUGGUCAUUGUCAGUGCUGGUUUCGACGCUGCUGCCGGCGACUUGAUUGGCCAGUGCCACGUGACCCCGGCCGGCUACGGCCACAUGACCCAUAUGCUCAAAGGCGUUGCUCGCGGCAAACUAGCGGUGGUUUUGGAAGGUGGUUACAAUCUCGAGUCGAUCAGUGCGAGCGCAGUGGGCGUGGCCAAAGUGCUAGUGGGCGAGCCGCCCGAAGAACCGGUGCGCGCGCUCCCGCGCGCCGACGUGAUAGAGACCAUUGGCGCCGUCGUUCGCGCGCACGCGCCCUUCUGGCAGUGCAUGCGCGCAGGCGCCGCCGCACACGUUUUGGCCGACGUGCCCCGAGUCUGCGGGCGCGGGCGACGCGGCGGCUGA